AAGAAGGUGUGGAGGACCACGCGCAGGAGUAGUGGCGAUGGCUGCGGGAGCGUCGGAGGACAAUCGCUUCGACUUCGUGGUCCUGGUACGCGGCGGGGUCUCCACAGCCAACUGGCUGUCGGGCCUUUUGCGCGACAAGGGCCUCGUCGUCGAGUCGACCCCCGUACGACGAGAAACACACUUUCUCCUCCUGAUCCGCCUGCCACUGCAGUUGAUUCCAGAAGCUGCUCAGCAGGCUAAACUUUUCAAGCUGCACAAAGAUGGCCAGGAGAAGCCGUUCGUUCUAUCGCGUUGGCCAGAAUUUACGUCUGAUUCGUCGGCCACGAGUCCAGAGCAAAUUUUCACACGCUCCGAACGCCAAGCGGUUGUGCAGCACAUGGUCCUCGAAAUUCGCGCCACGGAACCCACUGAGGUUGUCGGCCAACCGACUAUGGUACUUAAGGGCCAGUCCGUGUUUGCGGCCUGCCAGCGGAACCACGUCAUCCGUGCCAUGUUCCCACCGCAUGAUUACGAAAAGCUCGCCGAGAUCCGGAAGUCUUGGAUCCAGAACAUGGCUCUGCCUGUGUUCCUCAUUCGCUCCUACUUCGGCCUUCGCAUAGCUUUCUACUUCGCCUUCCUCAGCUUCUACACGUGGAGCCUUCUGGUGCCCAUGGUUGUUGGCAUACUACUCAGUAUUCACAAGACACUAGCAUGGCGUGUCGGCGCCGUGCUCUUCAGCCUUAUGUGGAACACGCUCAUCGUGGAGCUUUGGAAACGGCGAGGCCACUGGCUAUCCUGUCAUUGGGGUCUACACGAACAAAUGCCUCCCAGAACGCGGCUUCUCUACGUCGACCAGGGAGGUCCAGGACCGCUGGCGCAACGGGUCUGGAAGCUGAUCGCCUCCCAAAUCGUGGUCACCUGCUGCGUCACCUUCAGCAUCGUGCAGCAGUACCAGUAUUUCCUCCUGGAAGCCUACGUGGCGCAGACGUUUCCCGUGGGUCCGCGGUUGCACACGUUCAUCAGACUGGUACCGGGCAUCCUCAACGCCCUGGUGAGCAUUGUCGCCAGCGAUGUCUACAGGUCGCUCACCAGGAAGCUGACAGGCUGGGAGAAUCAUCGUACUUUGUCGGAGUACGUGCGACACUUCACAGUCAAGCUGAUCGUGUUCGAUUUCUUCGCGAGGUUCGGCACGCUCUUCUACACGGCAUUUUAUCUUCAGAACAUUCCCCUGUUACGCAAGCAAGUCUACAUCCAACUCAUUCUAUCUUUCACCAAGGACAACUUCAUCGAAGUGGCAAUGCCCAAAGCCGUCCGGCGCACCACCAUGCUCUUACGCAGUUUGGUCAGACGCGAAUCGGACUACCUGCCCGGGAUUCACAGCAUCUUAAGCGAGGCUGAAAUGCCCGUCUACGGCACGACCUACACUGACUAUUACAAGAUGUUCAGCCAGUUUGCGUUUGUUUUUCUGUUUGGUGCCGUCGUGCCCCUCGCGCCCCUGCUCGCCUUCAUGGGAAACAUGGUGGAAAUGAUGGUUGUUGGCUAUAAGCUGAUCGCAGUCUUUCAACGACCCCUCCAAGUUGGCUCGGAAGGGAUUGGAAUUUGGGAGCCUGCGUUCAGAGCGAUUGGCUUCUUAGCCGUACCGACCAAUAUAGCGUUGCUGUGCGUCGAACAUCAGGACUCCGUCUCAGCACUUUCCCGACUGUUCAGUGACACGGAGUUCGUCCUCUUUCUGGUUCUCAUAGAGCACAUGCUGUUAUUUUUUAAAUUUGUGUUGCAGUACACGCUACGGACCGAGAAUGAUUGUCCGCACCUGUUACCACCCUGAUUAAAUAGGAACUGCUUGACUGA